AUGCGCCUCACGCACGCUCUGCUCAUCGCCUUCAUCGCCUUCAUCGCCUUCAUCGCCUUCAUCGCCUUCACCGCCUUCACCGCCUUUGCCUAUCCCGUCGAACCUUCUUCGGAUAGGAGUCAAGGCAAGCCUUCUCCCGGAAGGGGAUGGAGGACCGCAAUCCACCGAAUGUACCCCACUGGACACCCGUCGUCCCAGCUCGCCCGAGAAGCGGAAGCCGCUAAGCCAGAAGCGGAAGCCGCUAAGCGAGAGAGCCCGGCCCAAAAGCAGCUUAAGCAGGCUCGAAACGAUCUUGUGGAGGAAAUAAAGUCCGACUCCGAGGCGGAUCAGUUCUCCGCCUCCGCCUCCUAG